CGGCAGGCACAUCUCCAAGCCUCUCUCUCUCUCUCUCUCUCUCUCUAUCUGUCCCUCCCCCGGCCCCUAUUCCUCGCCAUGGAUGAAGAAUACGACGUGAUCGUCCUCGGAACCGGUCUCAAGGAGUGCAUCCUCAGCGGCCUGCUCUCCGUGGAUGGCUUCAAGGUACUGCAUAUGGAUAGGAAUGAUUACUAUGGGGGAGAGUCAACCUCACUCAAUCUCAUCCAGCUCUGGAAAAGGUUCAGGGGUAGCGAUAAGCCUCCAGCAUAUCUGGGGCCUAGCAGAGAUUACAAUGUUGACAUGAUUCCAAAGUUUAUGAUGGCUAAUGGUACUUUGAUGUGCACGCUUGUACACACCAAUGUCACUAAAUAUCUUUCUUUCAAAACUGUGGAUGGUAGCUACGUCUUUAACAAAGGAAAGAUCCACAAGGUUCCUGCCACUGACAUGGAGGCACUGAAGUCUUCAUUAAUGGGGCUGUUUGAGAAGCGUCGAGCUCGAAAAUUCUUCAUUUAUGUCCAAAAUUAUGAUGAAAGUGACCCAAAAACACAUGAAGGAUUGAACCUUUCGAGAGUGACUACAAGACAACUUAUCUCAAAAUAUGGUUUGAAUGACAACACAACUGAGUUCAUCGGCCAUGCGUUAGCCCUUCAUAGGGAUGAUCAAUAUCUAAAUGAACUUGCUCUUGAUACUAUGAAAAGAAUGAAGAUGUAUGCAGCAUCCUUAUCACGAUUCCAAGGAGGCUCACCAUACAUAUAUCCUUUGUACGGAUUAGGAGAGCUACCCCAGGCUUUUGCACGCCUUAGUGCUGCUUAUGGUGGCACAUACAUGUUGAAUAAACCAGAAUGCAAGGUUGAAUUUGAUAUGAGAGGAAAAGCUUAUGGUGUGACAUCCGAAGGAAUAACUGCUCGAUGCAAGAAAGUUGUCUGUGAUCCUUCUUACUUACCAAACAAGGUAAGGAAGGUGGGGAAGGUUGCAAGGGCUAUUGCUAUUAUGAGCCAUCCGAUACCGGAUACCAACCGGUCUCACUCGGUUCAGAUUAUAUUGCCGCAGAAGCAACUUGGACGCAAGUCUGACAUGUAUCUCUUUUGUUGUUCUUACUUGCACAAAGUUGCCCCCAAAGGGAAGUUUAUUGCCUUUGUCUCGACGGAGGCUGAGACUGAUAUACCAGAGGUGGAACUGAAGCCUGGAAUCGAUCUUCUUGGACCAGUAGAUGAGUUAUUCUUUGAAACUUAUGAUAGAUACAAGCCUAUCAACACACCCUCAUCCGAUCAUUGCUUCAUCUCAACCAGUCAUGAUGCUACAACUCACUUUGAGUCAACUGUCAUGGAUGUGCUGUCCAUGUACACCAUGAUCACUGGAAAGGUAAUGAUCUUGAAAUGUUUUCUUAAUUUAAUAUUUCCCAACACAGUCUUUGUGUUAUGCAAGAUUAAUGUCUUCGGACCCAGCUGGGUCCUGCCUGGGGCAUGGUCAAAGUCUCAUCAAAGGAAAACCUCCUUAGAAAUCGAAUAUUGACGACUCUAAAUUGUUUUGAUCAGGUUGAAAAAUAUCAAUCAAUCCAAAAGCUUAAGCCUCUAGACUAGGAAACAAUCUUUGUUCAAUCGAAAGAAUGACAUGAAUGCUGAUACUUAUGAUAGUAAAGAAGAACUAGAAGAACCUUCAUUCUUGUUUCCUUUUGCUGUUGCACACUUGAUGUAUGUAUUCUUGUUUUGCAUUUAUGAGUUCCCAAAUCCAAUCCAAGUCCUGGGAGAUAUAUUUUGUGAUAAUGAUGAUGCUGACCAAGUUCUGGCACCCUUCUUUUCUCCGCAGACAAUUGAUCUCAACAUGGAUCCAAGUGCUGCUGGUAUUGCCAUAGAAUGACAACCACAUGAUGAUUUUUUCUUGAUCAAGCUCUGUAAUUGCAGUAGAUGAUUGCCAUAGUACGUAUGGCAUUCAAAACAAUCUCGAUUGUAUUAUUAGUCUUUAAAAUGCUUGGACUUUUCCUACUUGAAUCUAGUCAUCCUUAAAUAAUAAUAUGUCGUCGUAUAUUCUGUCUGUA